AUGGGAGUCCUUAAUCUAGCUGCGUACAACAUCUACUAUCUGAUUCUGCCUCUAAAGGUGCGGUCACAAGUCGAUCCAUGUCAAGACCAUGAUUGUCAGAAUGGUAGUUGUGUGAUUGAGGCGUCCUUUGAUAGAGGUUACAUGUGCAAAUGUUCCAAUGGUUAUACGGGGGUAAAUUGCGAAGUCGAUCCAUGUGGAAACCACGAUUGUCAAAAUGGCAGCUGUGUGAUUGAGGCGUCCUUUGAUAGAGGUUACAUGUGCAAAUGUUCCAAUGGUUAUACGGGGGAAAAUUGUGAAGUCGAUCCAUGUGGAAACCACGAUUGUCAAAAUGGCAGCUGUGUGAUUGAGGCGUCCUUUGUUAGAGGUUACAUGUGCAAAUGUUCCAAUGGUUAUACGGGGGUAAAUUGUGAAGUGCUUUUGGGGGAUUGUGAGGACAUUUUAAAGAAAUGCCCGAGUUUAAAGGGAAGAGACGGAGUUUACAGAAUAUUCUUAGCCGCUGAAGUAAAGUCUGUUUACUGUGACAUGAGUACAGAUGGCGGAGGCUGGACGGCAAUACAAAGAAGACAGGACAAUUCUACAGAUUUUUAUAAGAAUUGGGAAGAUUAUAAACAUGGUUUUGGGGAUCCAGAGAACAACUACUGGAUUGGAAACGACGCAAUUCAUGAGUUGACAAAGAACGAGGAUCAGGAACUCCGGGUUGAGCUACAAAGUUUUGAUGGAGACAAAGCAUACGCUCAGUACACCACAUUUUAUGUUGGGAACGAAGACAGUAAAUUUAAACUCACUGUAUCGGGAUAUUUAGGAACCACAGGUGACAGUUUGGGUUAUCACAAUGGAAUGAUGUUCAGCACCAAGGAUCAGGACAACGACAGGUAUGGUGGUGACUGUGCUGCAAAUUGGCACGGAGCCUGGUGGUACAAUGGCUGUCUCCUCUCAAACCUUAACGGAGAGUACGCCCAGUCUGCUGUGACUGGUGGUAAAUACCCGGUAUGGUUUAGCUGGAAAGAAAAAAAUGAAGCAUUAAAACAGACUGUGAUGAUGAUAAGAUACAAAAACUAGAGUUUAUGUGUCAUCAAUCCUGAAAUAUUUAAAAUAAUUUAGACAAAUUAUAGUGAAUGUUGACUAUUGCUAUCUCGCUAGAGGGCGUCGUUUCAUCAUUCAGAGGGUAUAAUGGUGGGGUUUUUUUUAACAAAUGUUUCUCGACGAAACAAAUUAAAGUGCAGAUACCUGAUUGGUGUGGUCAAAAUGACUCGAAGGCCGUAGCUCUUGAGUUGAAUUUAUUACCAAGCCCAUCGGAUAUCUGCACAAUAUCAAUAAUAAUAUAUGGGUUAAGUGACUUGUACCCUAGUUAAG